CGGCGUCUUAAAAAAAACAGCAAACCCCCAAAAAAGCAAGAACGAGGAAGAACUACACAGCGCGCACAUGCGGGAGACCGCGAGCUCUUUCUUUUGUCCCAUUCUUCUUCUUGUUGAAAACCUGCACGUCGCGCGAUGACUUGUACAUGAGCACGGCACUUUGGGAUGCGGACAUUGGCGAGCGUCCCCGCGGAGAGAAGCGCGUGAGAAGCCACAACGCUGUCCGUUUCUCCCUCGGACGCCGAGAAGGACUCCUCCCCACCUCCGCCGUGACACCUCCGGUGAAUGACCGAGAAAGGAUAUCAGUUCUUCCCCCCCCCCCUUUUUUUUCUUUUUCUUCUUUCCUUUUUUUGUUUAGAAAACCGAAGACCGAGUCCAACGUCACCACUCAUCCACCAGUGGCUGACUGACUGUAUGGCUUUAAAAAGUUGCAUGGAGAACAUGGACAUCAUCUGACGUGCGUCAUUGGACACAUUGAGCCUCUCGCGCUCUCUCUCUCUCUCUUUUCUCCAUCACGCCGUGGACUGACUAUACCCCCUCCCUCCCUCCUCCCUCCCACCCCGUGCGCCUUGGCUGUGGAGUAAGAAGAAGUGUUCGGCAGUUGUCAUUUGCCCUGACACCGGCUACAUCCAGUAGCUCCCCCUCUGCAUCCGAGGGAACCGCCGCCACAGCGCGACACCAGUGCCCGUUGAGCUGCGCUGCCCUCGCUGUUUGUGCGCCGACAUCCUGCGUGAAAUUAAAAACAAGAAGAAGAAGACGAAAAAGAAGAAGAAGAAGCCUGUGAUCCAUCCGGACAACCGACCCGCACCAGAAGAGACGACACGGUGACGCGUCUGGUUUUUCGGGGGGGUUUAUUGUUGUUUCAACUUCCAAUCCCCGUCAACCCGAACAAGUGUCACCUCAAAGUGUCUCCUCUUCGAAUGGUCACGUCCGCGCUUUUUUUCUUCUCUUCUCUUCCCUCUCUCUCUCCCGUCGACCUUUUUUUUCUCCACGUUGCGCGCAACAUUGUGUUGUCGUGGUUGUUGUAAUUCGUUGAUCCUUCACAAACUGCACCGGCGUGCCCACACAUGUGAAUGGGACGCCCAUCACCUGUCCCAGCUGAAGCGCCCGCCGCCGCGUGUCCAAAACCCGACUGACUGACCGACACCGAAGAGGAAUACGUGCCGAAGUUUCGCUGUAGUGAUGCUGCAAAUGGAAAUGGUCAUCUUCCUCUGCCUGGUGCUGUUGAUGUGUGUAUAUAGCCAGGAGCCCAGUUCCAAAGCGGUGGCCGACCGCUUCGCCGUCUUCUGGAACCGGACCAACGCCAAGUUCUACCGUGGAGACUACCACAUCGACGUGUGCAUCAACGACUACCUGGACGUCUACUGUCCUCACUAUGACGAGUCGGUGCCCGAGGAGCGCGCCGAGCGCUACGUCCUCUACAUGGUCAACUACGACGGCUACAGCACGUGUGACCACACCGCCAAGGGCUUCAAGCGCUGGGAGUGCAACCGGCCGCACUCCCCCAACGGGCCGCUCAAGUUCUCCGAGAAGUUCCAGCUCUUCACCCCCUUCUCCCUGGGCUUCGAGUUCCGACCGGGCAGAGAGUACUACUACAUCUCCUCCACCAUUGCUGAGAACGGGAGGAAAACGUGCCUGAAGCUCAAAGUUUUCGUCCGACCAUCAAACGAUACCAGCCACGAGCCGGCUGAGCCUUCCCGAAGCGACGAGACGAGCGCCGCGCCGCACCUGCAGAACACGAGUCGGCUCCCGGCGUUGUUGUUGCUGGUCUGCCUAUCGGCGCUCUUCACUUUAUAGCGCCUCCCUCUGUCCGCGGAGGGCGUUUACACCUAGCGUGGCCUGAAGCUGCCCGAGGCCGCACAGGGAAGUGGCGGGAUUUUUUGCGUGGAGCGUGUUUGCCUGAUCGGGGCGUCAAGGAACCCUCUAUUUUUUUCAGAAGUAUAUUUCAGUGGUCUUUUCUCCGUCUGUGAGUGAAACAAGUUGAUGUUGGAAGUGGGAGAGACAGUUCCCCCCCUCUUAAACUUUCAACUAAGAUGCCAAAUCCCGUUUUUUGACACUUAGUGAUUCUUGUUUUCCGGUGACUUUUGACAUCCCUUUACAUCAUGUUUUUAUGUCAUUGCAGCACUGAUGUUUACCCACACACACACACACACACACGGACACACACAAGAGUCAAACACACGACAUUGAACAACACAAACAGUCUAUAGCAGUAUAUUUUUUUUUACAGUGGUAUACAGUAGCAGCAGUAGAACAGUGAAGAUAAUAGCUCUUAGAAAGAACUGUACAUACACAAAUGAAAAGCUUGUCCCGAGACCUCUCAAGAAGCCUUUUCCGGAAAAAAAUGUCGUGAUCAACUUCUGCUCGGCUAAAGGGAGCAGAUGACUUUUUAACGCCUCCAUUUUUCAAGGGAAGUGAAGUGCAAAGCUAAAAAAAAAUGAAGGUGUAAGAAAAGUUUUAAGCAGAUCAGACCAAAGCACUGAGAAACACGUACACGGCCCGCCGCACCUUAGCCCGCUGAUCUCCAGCCGGCCUCGGUUUGCAAGACAGCGCCCCGCUUCCUCUUGAAUACAGAGUGUGUGUUUAGGUGAAUAAGCCGCCGCCGGCUCGAGCGAGUGCGUGCGUAAAGCCGAUAUGGAAACGCGAGGCAUCUUUUUCUUCCCGCCCCCUCCUCGAGAGCGCGCCACGACCAGCUCGAUAAAACACCUCUCAAGCACAUUCGCUUCACUCACCGACACCGCUAAAUUGAAACUUUCUCACCAGACACUUUGCUAUUGAGAUCGGGGAUCAAUACCUUCUUUUUUUAAAGUUGAUCACACAAUUUCACAGCAAUAGUCACAGUCAUUUUAUGCAAUGUUUACUGAGCAGGGCUGCAAUUGUCCUCUCCGUUCCAUUGGACUGUUAGUCGAUGUUAACGCUCCCAUAAGCAUUUGCAUUCGCGGCUUUCGUUUCAGUUAUAUUGAUUGUUUAAGUGAUUGUUUCAACAACAAAAACGAAACAAAAGAUUUGCGGAUUAAUUGGAGACUUUAUUUUCUUCUUAACUUUUAGAUUAUUUCACUUUCUUUUGCCAAAUUGCAUCCCCAAAACAACGUCUCUGACACUAUCGCCUUUGCAUUUUUGCAUACUUUCUGAAAUCCACUUCAAUAAGAACAAUAAACAGAUGUCAUGGGAAAGUGUUCGACACUUUAAUUCACACGUACUUUUUCUAAACCACAGCUUUCACGCGUCCAGUAUUAGUUAGCCGGUCAUCAGUGUAGUGCAGCGUGUACAGGACUUAUAGCUUCAGUUAGUUGAAACCUCGUAGUGCGAAUGGAGACGGUAUCCAUUCAGUUUAAGGCAAUGCACAGCUCUAUUUAGUCUGGCCAGGUUUAUCUUAGCACUUACAUGAAAAAUAAAUUCACUGUUUCCUUUUAAUGACAUUCGGCAUCCUUCAGCUCCCAUGGAUGCCCAUGGUGCGUUCGCAUAACGACGGCUAUUCUGUCUCUUUUCAAACGAAAGAAGAGGGACUUUGGGACGGAUAGAGAAAUGAACUCCCUCUUUUUUUAGAGACAGUUUUUUUUGUUUUUUUUGCAUGACAAAUAUGCACCAGCUGGUUUGGAAAGAGAGAAAUAGAGCAAGAAAAAGAGAGCGGCAGCGCAAUUGCGUGUCCGCCGUCAGCUCCUCGUGUUACAGGUUUAAGUGACUCUUUAAUGAGGUUCAAAAUGACAGGCAUGUGGACCCCAUGUUGUGGCAAGGGGAGUUAUUCCUGGUAUUAAAAAUAGAUGGCGGAAGGCUUGGGGGGUCUCGGGAGGGGGGUGUAGAUUUCCUUCAUGAGGAGGGCGGGGGGGGGGGGGGGGUUAAAGCACCAAUGACCUCCCAGUUUGAGAGAACUGGUCCGUGAGGGAGAUUUUAAGGGAGGGACGCACAACGAGAUGGAAGGACACGGGAGGUAGCCGAAGAUGGCGUGACUAGAGUGCCUAUCAAAACAAGACCACGCUACUGACACAACCGCCGCCCGACGACAAACUUAUUGUUCAGUGUCAUUCUUGCUCAAAAAGCGUGCACUCUUUUGUUUUUUUUCCCGCUUUCUUUUUUUAUCUGUGUGGUUUUUGUUGUUGUUGUGUUUGUUCCCAGAAAGACUGCCUUUGCCUUUCAUGUCUUUUCUUUCCGCGCCACGGUAAUAACAAUGCUAUGACAGCAGUAUAGCAGCUCAGCUAUGGGGGGCAAUAGGAGCCGAGGAUAUUUAAUGAGGUACUAAUUUUCUGGAGAACACUACAAGGGAAUGAGCGCCGCAUAAGAUUCAGAAUCGACUCUCGUCAGCAGAUUAACACUCGACUUUUAUCAGAUACCAGCUUCAAUUGUACUCUCUUAUACCAAUACUACUCAAUUCGUCAUUAUGGCUAUUAUUACCAUGGUUUAUUCUGUACACACUUUGACCUGGGAAACGAGGAUCAACUUAAAAAAGUGGAUACUGUGUAUCCUGAGGUAGUCGACCAUAGAACAAGUAGUCUUAGGUUAGUAUCUGUUUUGUACCUUUCUGGAGGACAAAAGAAAGAAAGAAAGAAGAAAAAAAAAACGAGAUCAUUGUUAAAACUGUAUAAUUAUUAUUAUGAUGAUGAUGAUUAUGGCUAUUAUUAUUAGGAAAACCUUCUUGAUGUAAAUAGUGUUUGAUAUUAAAGUAUUAAUUUGGUUCGUAUGUCUUUUCUAAAAAAACGAAUGCGGUAUCACCUCUGGGUUUUCCGGAGUGCGUGCCGUCCUCAAACAACGCGUUGUGUGCUUUGGCCCUCAGCGCCUAAAGGAAACGCCGAGCUCAUACGCUGGGGACACCUGUGGGAGCUGUGCAUUCGUGUGCCGAAGGCUGGACAGUAGCCAAUCGAGUGGCUCACCUGUUACAUGUUUCAAACCAGUCACCAACGUCACAUCUCUUCAUCAGGAUCCUGCCUUGGAAAGUAACACUUUGGACUUUAUGGACGGCUUAUUUGUACUUUUUUUUUUUUCUUCUUUUUUUGUUGCCUUCAGCCUUUUGAAAGCAUGUUGGUCAGCUCAAAGAUCUGCCAUGAGUGGUACUGUUUUGCUUUUUAAUGGGAGGAUCUCGCCGGUUUCAUUAUGUGGCAUGCGCAUGAACUUUGAUGACAUGUAUUUUUAAAAAAACAGGAAAAGAAAAUUCUACAAAAAAAGUUUCAAAAAGAACGUUUCUCUUUUUCUUUUGCUCUUUUUUUCUUUUUUCCUUUCGAGUCGUGUUAAGAUUUUCGGAUCACUUUUGAUGUGUGUUUUUGCAUCCCCAUUUGAGUGAUGUCAUUAGAGCUGUGUAGUGACAGAUGACAAAUGUACAUAACACAAACCAUUGUUGUGAAGUUACAGUGUGGGUCGGCCAUUUUGUAGUUCAAAAGCAACUCCUUUUUUCUUUCUUUCUCUCUUUUGUUCCCUUCUCAGAAGAAUGACUCUUUCUGUACCCAUCUACUGAAUUUAUCCCAUGUAGUUGCAGUUUGUCUCCUCUUGACUAUUCAUCCUCUUUCUGCUCUCCCGAGAGGAGGCGUUUUUGGGAGUGUACACAUCCGUGUGUGAAGAAAACAAUGUUUGAGACCUUUUGAGUUUAUUGUGUGUGUGUGUGUGUGUCUCAUUUACUGUUGCCGCAGUGAAUGGGAAGCGGCAACCCUCUUUGGCAACGAAGAGUGUUUCCCAUGCCUUAGCCCUCCAGCCUCUGCCCUGGCAGCCCCGUCUGUGUACAAGACGCUUUCUGCCAUUGUGCUUUUACACGGGACGGCUGCUGCUGGCGUCGACGAGGCGACGAACGGGGCCCUUCACUCCCUUUUUAACGAACCCCUGAAUCGCUCGUCCCCCACGGUAGACGCUGGCCCUGGGCGCAGUUCACGGAUUAGUGCAACCCCCCUUUUCCACCUGAUGCUGAACCGGGUUGUCAGCGGGGUAAAGCCCACCAUCGAUCCAGGACCUGGAUCGAUGGUAGGCCCCCCCCCCCUCCUCCACCCCCCACCCUCCACCCUCCACCCUCCACCUCUUGCCGAUGAGCCACUUCAUGUCAUGCGCCUGUCCCGUCCCAUUCCUCGUGUGCUUGUAUAACCUCCGCCACACCACCUGCUGUUCUCUCACUUUUGAAACCCCAGCUCCCACUUUGUCAUCCGUGGGGGGACGGGGGGGACGGGGGAUAUUUCCAACCUUGCUCUUUUACAGUAUAUCGCCAACGACAACUAAAUUUGACAAAAAAAAUGAUCUGUAUUUGUAUAUACACGUGUCUGAACUAUGAGUAAUACAAUAAAACAGAAACACAUUGCUUUAA